GCCAGCAUCACUUGGAGUCCACAGACACAGCGCUGAUUGAACGAGUGGAGGGGAGCUCAUUUUCAGAGCGCAUGAUUGUGUUAGAAGGGCUUCACUAGACUGUCACCGGUCAGACGCAGAGACAGACAGACAGACAGUAAAGCCAUCUCAACCACGCCUUUAAAAGUAAAGAAUCCACAAAAGAGGAGACGGAGUGUGUAGGAUUUUUUUUUAUUUCUCUGCCAAACUAGCCUUGCUUGAGUUUUUUAAAGGGAAAGUGCUUUUUAUCUUUGGGAAGAGGGACUCUCUGGUGGAGCCGAACAGCGGUAAGAUUCCGCUGCCCGCUUCUCUCCGUGCGUAAAAUAAAAGUUUAACACACCAAGGAAAUCAUUUGAGAGGUGUGGGAGCUCAGCAAACUCUCCGCUAUACUCCCCGGGAAUUGUAAAGCUCACACCGGACACCCACUGGAGGAGGAUUUAUAACUUUUUAACACAUUUUGUGGAGAGACACGGAGGCGGGUUGGUCUAACGGGGGAGCGGAGGAAUCCUCGUCGUUGAGCCGGGAGGAGUGCGCGCAGCGCUGGGUAGCAGACUGACCCAAAGGACGGUACCUCGGAGACAAGGUUAUGACGGAACUGAGCUGAACAUGGAGCUUUUCUGGAUUUUGUUAUUUUCUAGUGUUUAUCCUCUUGCCUGGGGCCAAGGAGUUUACGCUCCAGCCAACGCCCAGAUCGUGCACUCAGGCGCGGCGUGUAACGUCAAGGAUGAUAACAUCAGUGAGAGAAUCUACACCAUCAAAGAAGGAGACACACUAGUGCUGCAGUGUAUUGUUAAAGGCCACCCACGACCACAGGUACGGUGGACGAAGACGGCAGGCAGUGCAUCAGACAAGUUCCAGGAGACAUCCAUCUACAACGAGACGCUGCGCAUCGAGGGCAUCCAGAGGGUGCAGGGGGGUCGCUACUACUGCAAGGCCGACAACGGGGUGGGGGUGGCUGCCAUCAAGUCCAUCCGCGUAGAUGUGCAGUACCUUGACACGCCUGUUUUGACGGUGCACCAGACCAUCAGCGAUGUGCGUGGCAGUUACUACCAGGAGAAGACGGUGUUCUUGCGCUGCACAGUCAACUCCAACCCUCCCGCACGGUUCAUAUGGAAACGUGGGAGCACGCUCAUCGAACAGAGCAAGGACAACGGAGUGGACAUCUACGAACCGCUUUACACUCAGGGUGAGACCAAGGUGCUGAAGCUGAAAAACCUCAGACCCAAAGACUUUGCUGAUUACACGUGCCAGGUGUCCGUCCGCAAUGUGUGUAACAUCGAAGACAAGUCAGUCACCUUCAGGCUCACCAAUGCCACAUCUCCCCCAAUGAUCCGGCUGUCAGUGAACGACACAGUUGUGGUGGAUCCCGGCCAGGAUGUGUUCUUAACCUGUGAGGUGACGGCAGGUUUCCCGGCCCCCACUGUGACGUGGUCUCGUUACCCCGGCCCCCUUCCCCUCAGCGCCCAAGUUCGAGGGGCAACACUGAUUAUACGGGCGGCCAUGCCGGCUGAUGCGGGCUUCUACAACUGCACGGCUGUCAACAAUGUGGGAAACCCCGCUCGCAAGAAUGUCAAUCUCGUUGUCAGGACGAUGAGCAACCUGACCUUCCAGAUUACUCCAGACUCCAACAAGGACAGCGAGACCAUCCAGAUGGGUCGAGACCUCAAGCUGUCCUGCCAUGUUGAUGCCACCCCACAGGACAAGGUCAACUACACCUGGUACAAGAACGGUGCACCUGUCUUCAACUCGGAGAGCCUGAUCUUGCUGCGCAGUGACCCAGACAUGGCACCCGGCACCAGUAGUCUGGAGAUUGUGGACAUGAAGUUCAGAGACUUGGCUACAUACAGCUGUGUGGCCAACUUCCCAGGCAGCAGAGUGUCGGAGCUCCGUGUGGAUGUCAACAUCUCUCAGAACAGUGUCUCCCCUCCAGUGCUGUCAGUACCACCAGGCGGUCAGGUGGUCAGUGUGCGAGAAGGAGGUAACGUUGACCUGGUGUGCUUGGUGGUAGAGGGAAAACCACGUCCACCUAUACUGUGGUCACGGACAGAGAAGGACCUGCUAAUGCCAUCAGGAAGGACCAUGGUGGAGACACCCGAUGGUCGCUUGAGACUAAAGAACGUCAGCAGGGACAUGAUGGGGGCGUACCGGUGCCAGACGGCUCCAUACAAUGGGCUUAACAUCAAACGCAGAGAGGCACAGGUCCAACUCAACGUGUUGUUUCCUCCCAUACUGGACCCAGUCUUCCAGGACAUGCGUUCUAGGAACUUCCAGAUGGUGACCCUGAGGUGUACAGUCAUGCGCUCAAACCCACCACGCCUGACAGACAUCCGGUGGUAUCGUCAGGGCGACUUAAUCCGUAUGCCCAUGCCAGACCUGAAGGAGACGCCAGAGCUGAAGUUUAAGCUGGAGCCCACUAACAAUGGCACUUAUGAGUGCCGAGUCAGCAACAGCGCAGGGACAUCAACGUGCACAUUUAAUGUAUCUGCACAACCCUAUAAUGCUGAGUUUUACUUCGACACACCCAAUCCUGUGCGAAUUCAAAAAGGAAACAACUAUUCCUACAACCUGCAGUGGACACAGAAAGAUCCAGAGGCCACGGACCGCAUCAUAGGUUACUGGAUUAACGUCCGAAAGAACAAGCAGAACCUGCUGUCGAAGCAAAUAGACCUCAAGGGCAAGGAGCCAGAGAAGGGAGUGCUGAUGUCCCACACCAUCUCGGACCUGAGAAUCCCUCUGUCCUACGAGGUCCGUCUGGCCCCCAUCACCACCUACAGCACUGGGGACCACAUCAGUCGCAUCAUACAGUACUCAGAACCCUACACCUACCCAAGACCUUCAGAUCACGUGUGUGGUUUUGAGGAUGACAGAAUCUGCGGUUUCUCUCAAGACCGAAGUGAUGUGUUUGACUGGACGAGACAGAAUCACCUGACGCAGAAUCCCAAGCGAUCUGCCAAUACUGGCCCCGAGACUGACCGCAGUGGGACCAAGGAGGGGUACUACAUGUACAUCGAGGCAUCCCGGCCACGUGUGCAGGGGGACAAGGCUCGUCUGCUGUCUCCGCUUUUUAAUGUGACCUCAGUCAGGGGCCCCAAGGGCUCUGGCAGAGUCCCAUAUUGUGUCUCUUUCUACUACCACAUGAAGGGCAAACAUAUUGGCACUCUCAAUGUGCUUCUGAGAGUCAGAAGCAUUGCCUCUGUGGACUCGGUGGUGUGGACCAAGUCUGGUCAUCAGGGCCCGGACUGGAGGAAAGCAUUCUUCGACAUCAGCCCCAGUGGACCCUUCCAGAUUGUGUUUGAAGGAAUUCGAGGCCCGAGCUUCGAGGGGGAUAUUGCCAUUGAUGAUGUGUCCAUCACCAUUGGGAAGUGCAAGCAGGAGAACACUGUAGCCAGCGCAGGUAAGACAGUUCUGAUUGGUGGAUCACACUCGCUCCCAUUGGCCAGCUGGCUGACCUUUGGCCUCUCCUGCUUCCUGUCACUACUCUACAGAUGAUGAGCACUUCCUGCGAUGCCACCUGUCUGUAGUGACAGACACUGCCCUGACUUGCGCUCUUAUACUUCUCUCUUUACCCUUCUCCCUGUCCUUUCCUCUACUUAUGUCUCCCUGACUGUCUGUCCUUCUCCACUCAAUGUCUCUCUAUCCUUCAUGCAUCCAUUUCAUCCUUCUUGCUUAGAUAAAUGGUAACACAAUGUCUUUGUCUAGUUUCUCCUCCUCUGCUUUCUUUGAACAUUUACCCCCCCCAAGACACUCAGUAUAACCAACUGACGAGCAUACUGUAUUUAAGGUGAACAUACUUAAUGAUUUUUGACAGUCGAGUUUCACUUCUCUCCUUUGUCACUAUUAAUCUGAUUAGAUACACUUACACUUACACACUUACACUUUAUCCAUGUCAGCGUGUCACUUUGUCACCUUUUCCUCUCCUUCAUCAACCUCCCUCAUCCAUACAUGCACCCUCUCAUGUAUCUCCACUCCCUCAACGGCCCCUCCACCCUAUUCCCCAGACACACCAAAGUGUCGGACACUCUACCAAAGAUGACAAAGGACCUGAGGGAAUAAAACAAGGGAACAGGGAUUCCAGGAAGAAAGUGAAGGAGUGAAAAGGAGAAAGUGGGUAAAAUCCUUCUUUUUCCACAAAGACCGUCUCCCUUCAGUACCAGCCUUUGGGACCAUGGGAGCUACUGAAUGACAAAGAGACGGACGAAGAGAAAAAACACUGAUGAAUGAAUGAAUGAAUAAACGAAUGAAUGCUGAGGAAAGGACGAACCAGAGACAGAGGGAUAAAGAAGUGCGCUCCUGGUAGCCUCUCUGCUUGCCCUCUGCUUGCCACAAGAGACGAACCUCAGUGCGGAUUAUACGUGUACAUUUAUCUCUAUAUAUAUUAAAUAUAACAAGGUUUAAACUAAAACACAACUAGGACAGUGGAGGACUUUACAAAGUGAAAUUAAAGAAGCACAACAUUUAUACAACCUCUGCUGAUCCUUUGGGUUUUAUUCUACUUAUUAUGUGAUGUUGCAAUUUGUCAGACCUAUACCUUUUUGAUAUUUUGCUUUUUUGUUUUUGUUUUGUUUAUGGCGUUACAAGGGUCAAGGGCAAUGGUUAAUAAAGUAUUAUAUUAAUAUUUAUGAGAAGAAGAGAAGACGAUUUGUGAUCCAGAACCUGAGUUGAGCGCGAGGAGGGAAAUGCGAGGAUGACCCAAGCCACCUGGAUAGAAACCUCAACUUUUCUUGGCACAUACUGAACACACACACACACACACACACACACACACAUGUACAAACACACGGUUUCCUUGCUGACAUCACAACCAGGCCCUCAGCUCACCCUCUGCCUCAAAUACAUGUCUCAUCUGUGAAUGAACCGGACGGAAAACAAUGGAUGGUAGAUGCAAUUUUCACAUUUCUGCUCCCUUACCAUGAACUUCCCAUCCCUGGACAUCAUGACUCAGAUGUUCCGGAUUUAUCAACCACAACAGAAUAGCCGGACAUGUCUCUAAUGUAGAGAAAAACACAGUGUGGUACGGGAGAGCAGAACGGAGCCUGGAGUUCAGCUGAAUACUUCUUCCUCCACAGGUUAUUGAAUGUCAUGUAUGAAUUUCCCAUACACUUCUUUCACACGAGUGAAAGAUGAAGAUUGUCAGUAUCUGGCGGGUGUGCAGCGUGGAUUGCAUAUCAGAUUCUCUGUCAUUGUUUAAUUAACGUUGAAUGUCUGUAGCGUAAACGGUUUUUCAUAAUCACAUAGAUAUGAUUGUUAAAGUUAAGCAAUACUCAUAUCUAUAGCUCUAUAUACAAUAGUUUAUGAUUGCAUUUAAGAUGGCAGAAAAAAAGAAACAUCUUGUCCAAAAUACAUGGGUACUUCUUUCAUGACUUGUCAGUUAUGAUUUAUAAUAACCAGUGUAUUCACCAUUCAUAAGAACUCCAUAAUUAAAGCUGUAGCUAUUUUAA